GCCUAUUCUGGUGUCAGAUGUCUGACUUUCAGCAGAAGAAAUAAUAAUCGCAAAUUCACCGGAGUGUCCAAAUCGAAAUAGUAAUCCGAGUUGUUCGUUAACUUGCCUCGUUGGCGAUAUAUAAUUUGUCAGCCCAACGGGCGGUGAACAAAGUCUCACCUGUUAUUUAAAAGAUGGGAACUGUCAUUCCAGAUAAUCAAGAGAUAUCUAGUUUUUUAGUGACAAAACUUUCAAACUGGCGAGGAAAGUAUAAACGAAUCUUUACAAUCGGCACUCACGCGAUUACCACGUACAAUCCGAACAGUUUAGAAGUAACUAAUCAAUGGCCUUACGCUGAAGUCAUCGGAAUAAAAGCCAUCGAAAAAUUUGAGUUCAUUCUUAACAUCCUUAGGAAAAAGAAACGUGAUUCCAUGAGAUUUACUUGUGAUCACCGAUCAGAACUUUUAUUUGAAUUCCUACGUGUCAAAUUGAACAGUGAGCAGCAACGCAAGGACUGUUGGAGGUAUGAUGCCUACAAGCAUCACUGGUCUGGCAUCAAGUUGCCAGUUAUAUUAGAAGUCAAUUCAUUUGGAGUCCUUCAGCUUGAACCAACCACUAAGCAACAACUUGCCAUCUAUCCCUUCUUUGAAAUUGAAGGCAUUGCACUAAUAGAAGAUAGUCCACAAGCAAUUGUUUUCAGUAGAAUAGGUUUUAGCAGGCUACACAUUUUUGAAGUUCCUGGCCGCAGUGAUAUACUUGCCAAAAUCCAAGAAUCUGCCCUUGCCAAUGUAGCCAUUCCAAUCAAACAACUGAAAGCAUUCAACAGCUUAAACCAGGCAGUUUUAGAAAGGCUUGGGAAUUAUAGUUUGGAUGAACACUUGACAUCACUUAUUGAAUUUCCUGUCCAUAAAAUCACUUCUCGCCAUCCUGAUGCCGUUCGAAGGUUACUCUGUUUGUCAGAAACAUGCCUUCUCGAACGGGAUCCAGAUACGUACAGUGUGUGCACGCUGAAACCAUUGAGCGAUGUUUUUGCCAUGGUUCGUAAUCCCGACGAUCAACAAAGCUUUUCCAUUGAAUUUCUUCGUGGCGGAACGCGAAGUUACCGCGCUACCGAGCGAGAUGCUCUCUUAGCUACUUUGCUAGAUGGUGUUCGAUCAUCAGGCAACCGAGAUGUGCAUGUUCGGUCCGUGCCCAUGAAUAGAGCUUUCAGGCUUACUCCUCUACGCCAACCACCAGAUGAAGAGAUCGAGUCGAUGCAUUUACGGUGGCUGGUCCAACCUCCAUCUUCGAUUCCACAUGGAGUGGCUACGCUACGUUUCAAUUGCAGUGUUAACUAUGGUGGACUGCACUUUGCCAACACCCAAGAAGGCAUUUUCUUUCCGGAAAACAAAGAGAAGUCCAUACACGCUGCACUUUCUGUUUUGGUCGAAGAAGAUUCAUCAUGCCCUCAGGACAAAGCUAACACCGAGGAAGAAUUUUUGGCAUUGCGUCGUCUUGUGGCUACGAGAUCGGGAUUUGCUGCAUUUACUCAUUUAGUUGGAUUUCGCGAAAAACUGGGCCUUAAAGUAGUGAAGGCUUUACAGCGUGAUCGUGAUCAUGUUACCCAAACAGCCAUUGACGUCCUUUGUGCUUUAAUGGAGCCCAUGUAUGAUGAAAGCGAUUUACGACAAGAGCAACUCAACAAGAGUUCUCUGCUUUCAUCAUCCAAAUUUUUGGAAGGUAUCUUAGAACGAUGGACGCAGCAUGUGCUGCGUGGAACUGGGGCAUUGGUUGUCAUAUCUGUUCUAGACUUCCUGACGUUUGCGCUAUGCGCCCCAUACAGCGAAACAACCGAUGGAGCACAUUUCGAUGCGUUAUUGGCAAUGAUUGCAAAACGUGGCAAAGAAUUAUUCCGUCUUUUACAGCACCCAUCACUUUCAGUUGUCAAAGGAGCAGGAUUGCUUAUGAAAGCUGUGGUUGAAGAGGGAGACGAAUCCUUGGCUGCGCGGAUGCAACACUUGGCCCUUUCAGAAGCUGCUUUACCACGUCACCUAUUAACGGCAUUUUACACAAAGAAGCCAGCAGGGUCUAUCGGAGACGGCCGUCUUCUUCUUAAUCGACAGCUGUCGCGGAAGCUGGUUGCAUUAUGGACGUCUAAUAACCCAGAAGCGCUAAAACUUUUUCAACGAAUCCUUCCAGCAGGACUUCUGAGUUUUUUAGAUUCGACCGACAGUGUUCCAGAAACGUUUGAUGAAGAUCUAGGCGAAGGCGUUCCUAACCGAGAUAAUUUAAAAAUUGCCAACGAAGAAUACGGACGCAAACAGAAUCCGCAAUGGCAAAAGGCUGUAGAACGCCAUGUGAAGACGGCACAUAAAAUGUUGGCCAAACACGUUGACGGUGCUCUACAGCAUUGGCGGUCUAGAGAUCAUGCGUCAAGACGGCAAGAAAAACCAAAAGAGCGUCCUGUUGUCCUUAGAAGAAGAAGACAACGUGUCAAAGCUGAAGGAAACUGGGAACUGUUAUGCUAUCAGUUCUGGAAAGAACACGCCUUACCUAAUUUGAUAUGGAAUGCUAAAACAAGAGAAGAACUAAGGGAAGCAUUGGAAAAUCAGUUACGCACGUGCAUUCAAGAUCGAGAACUCUCAGGUGUGGAAUCGAUUGCGUGGAACCAUAUGGAAUUUGAAGUCAGUUAUCCAUCACUGGUCGAUGAGGUUCGUGUUGGGGACUACUACCUGAGAGUCUUACUUCAGCAUAAUCAACCUACUGGAUGUUUGGCAAUUGACAUAAAAAAUCCCGUUGAAUUCUUCGAUGAGCUCUAUCGUCGUUUCCUAACUGCCCCCAAACCAUCUCUACGCUUACCAUGCCUACAAGCCAUGGCACUUGUUUAUGGCCGUCAUCGCGACGUUAUUGGGCCUUUCCCGGAUACGGGAUACUUGAUAACGCUGUUGGAGCGUUGUAGUGACUACGAAGAGCGUGAUCGAUUAGUCUGCCUUUUAUCACAGUUGGUCAACGAACCACUUAACGUCAAGGGCAUGCUAGACGCCGACGGAUUGCGCUCUCUCAUUGAUCUCCUUCCUUUGGCCCACCUCCAUACUCGUCGAGCUGUACUAGUCAGCCAGAGCAAUGUGAUUGAAGCGGGGCACGAUAUGCAGCAUCCAGGAGAGAAAGAAAAAGAAUGGUAUUAUGGAAAUGCUGCAGGCGAACGCCUAGGACCCUUCAGCUUCGUUGAAAUGAAAGAGUUAUUUAAAAAGGGUAACUUAAAUGCUAAAAGUCGCUGCUGGGCACAAGGACUGGACGGCUGGAAGUCGCUGCAAAACGUUGCAAUUUUUAAGUGGAGUCUUUUAGCAACCGGCUCGGCGUUGCUGAACGAAAGUGAUUUGGCUGCUCUCAUCUUAAACCUAAUGAUUCGCAUCUGCGAAUACUUUCCUAGUCGAGACAGCGAAGGAUCCGUGAUUCGCCCUCUACCUAGAGUCAAACGAAUCUUAAGCGAUGCUCUUUCUCUUCCACAUGUGGUCCAAUUGCUUUUGACGUUUGACCCUAUUUUGGUUGAAAAAGUUGCAACGCUUCUGACACUCGUAAUGAGCGAUAAUCCACUACUGUCACGGCUCUUCAACAGCGGCGUCUUCUUUUUCGUCAUGAUGUACACAGGUUCGAACGUUCUCCCCAUCGCCAAGUUCUUGAAAAUGACUCACACUACUCAAGCGCUGAGCUUAGAGGACAGCAGUGAUCAACUUUCGCGAAGCGUACUGGCACCUCUUCUACCGGAAGCCAUGAUACGCUAUCUGGAUACGUACGGUCCAGAAGAAUUUUCUCAAGUUUUCCUUGGUGAAUUCGAUACUCCAGAGGUGAUCUGGGGAUCGGAAAUGAGACGUCUUCUUAUCGAAAAAAUUGCUGCUCAUUUGGCGGAUUUCACUCCUCGGCUGCAAAGCAACCCACGUGCUUUGUAUCAGUACUGCCCCAUUCCUGCUAUCGCAUACCCACAGCUGGAAGCGGAACUAUUCUGUCACUCCUAUUACCUCCGUCAUUUAUGUGAUACGCUUCGGUUUCCUAAUUGGCCAAUCAAAGAACCAGUCAAUUUGCUGCGAGAAUUAUUGGAAUCCUGGAGAAGAGAAGUUGACAAGAAGCCUUCUGGAAUGACGGAGGAUGAUGCCUUAGCAACUCUCGGCCUACCUAAGGCGACUCCAUUCAACGAUGCAACUAUUCGAAAAGCCUACUUCAAGCUUGCUCAGCAAUACCAUCCUGAUAAAAACCCCGAAGGACGUGUCAUGUUCGAAAAAGUGGCUGUUGCUUACCAGUGGCUUUGCAAUCGCAAUUUGCGCGUAACUGAUGGCCCGGAUGCGCAUAAUAUCCUACUACUUCUACAGGCACAAACUAUAGUAUUCGAUCGUUAUGGCGUAGAACUCGAGCCGUUUAAAUACCCAGGCUAUCCCCAAUUGCUCCAAACGGUACGACUCGAAACAGAAGAUAGCCAGCUGUUUAGCAAAACGACUUCACUUUUGGGCGCUGGAGUUGCUUUAGCUUACCAAACCGUGCGAUGUUCCGCCCUGAAUGCAGAAGAGUUACGACGUGAAGGAGGAUUAGAAUCAUUUUUAGAGGCUAUUUCCCGAUGCAUACCAAUGAUUGGAUCUUCUUCCAAACUGGAAGAUGUGGCGGUUCAGGUUUGCAUGCAUGCUUCUAGAUGUCUGGCGGUGGCAGGCCGUUUCCCAGCAUGUCGUGAUCGCUUAGCUGAGCUGAAAAUGCUAACGCCGGAAAUUUGCCGCUUACUUAGCCAUCGCCAUUUACCCAAGCUAUGCCAAGCGGCCUGUGAGUGUGUGGCUUCGUUGGCACAAGACUCUGUAUUGCAACUCCAACUACUUCAAGCAGGAGCUCUUUGGCACUUGUUAAUUCUGCUGUUUGAUUACGACUUUACUUUGGACGAGGGCGGAGUACAGCGUUCUGAAACAUCCAACAAACAAGAGGUGUCGAACACUUUAGCCAAGUCGGCUUUGUUUGCCUGUGCUAGACUGGGUGGUUAUCUUAAGGGUACCAGUGCAUCGCCACCCAAUGCCGCAGUGCAAGAAGCCCUCAGUGCUUUGUUGACACCUUACCUGGUCGGUCGGUUGGGCGUUUGGUCACCUGAAGAGUUCCUCAAAGUUUUGACUAACAAUACAGAAAACCCUGUCCUAAUUUGGGAUAAUAGUACGCGCUCUCAGCUACUGGAGUUCCUUUUGGAACAGCAACGAACACACAUCCGCUCGGGCGAAAGCGACCUAACGUAUGGAGCAACCUAUGUUCAUGAAACCUACACCAAAGAAUUAGUUAUCGGUGGCAUAUUCGCCCGCGUAUACAACCGGCAACCGGAUUUUCAACUUGAAAAUCCUUCGAAUUUUGUCAUUCACCUACUAGAUUAUUUAACGGAACACUCCCAACAGAAUCUUGCGACUGAUCUGGAGGCCAUCGAUUCAGCAUUACAAUCGCUAUUGAAUGUGAUAAAAGCAACUCCUGCGGUAGCUUUGCAGUGCCUUGGACGUUUUCAGUGUCUUUUCCAACUUGUUGAGAAUACGUCUACCACCGGAUAUUUGGCUCUGCAGGUGAUUCACCUAGCUACCCAACAAAAUGACUGUGUUGUUGACGUUGGCUCAGCUCAACUGAUCAAUUACCUUCUUUCCGUUCUCCGUUCAUCAAAUUCUAAUAAUGUUAGAUUAUGUCUCGAUAUAAUCUACACACUUCUUUCACACACCCCUGUUGUUAAAGAGGCAUUGGCAAAAGGAGGCGUUGUAUUUGUAUUAGACGUCUUUUGCAACGAAACAGACAUGGAAUUGAGAAUCAGAUCUGCUGAGCUUUUAGCCCGGAUGACAGCCGAUAGGCUUGUAGGAGGGAAAGUACGUAUCCAAAUGGCCAAAUUUCUUCCAGUGCUGUUUGCUGAUGCCAUGCGAGACACGCCGUCCACAGCCGUCCAACUCUUUGAAUCAUGUUCAGAGAAUCCGGAGCUUAUUUGGACAGAGGAUAUGCGACUCCGACUAUCAGCUGUUCUUCGACACAUCGUCAAACGGCAGUUGACUGUAAUAAGUCAGAAUCCAAAGGCCGAAUGGGCUGGCAUUGAUCCUCAUGAUGAAUCCGAACUACCCAAUUUAGAUGCCGAAAUCUGUGUCGGUGGAAUUUAUCUCCGAUUGUUAGUGGCGAACCCCGGUUGGAUCCUACGCAAGCCAAAGGAAAUACUUGGCGAACUGCUAGAAGCCGCACUCCAAGGCUUGCAAAAAGAAGGAGAAACGGAAAAAACCAAGCUUAUCGUCUCAGCCAUCUCAGGACUAUUGCACAGUCAGCCUGUUUUAUCGGAACACAUUCCGGCCCUAGGUCCUUUGCCACGGUUGCUUCGUCUUCUGUCAUCCUCAACGGGUUCUAGUACAGUCGCUGCUCGAUUGCUGGCGCUGUUGAACCCGAUGGCGAGCAGCACUACUUGCAUCGAAGCGUUUUCUAGGUUAGAAUGCAUCGCGCCCAUUGCAUCUGCCAUGCACCACCAUCCUGAGCAUGUUACAAUUGCAUUGGAGACUCUAGAAAAGAUUAUAACGUCAAACUCGGGAACCGAAGAGUUUGCACAACAAUCAAUUAAUGUUGAGUUGGUGCCGCAGUUGUUAAAAUUACUAGAAGACUCCGUCAAUCCACACUUGUCUUCUUCCGGCCGAGCUCUAGUGGUUUCCAUCUUGAAAGCUUUGUCCGUCAGUCGUUUACAUGGCAGUCGGGUAACUUCUCUCCUAGAUCAGUCGUCUUGCUGGGCUUCCUAUCGAGACCAACGCCAUGAUCUGUUCCUACAAGCAUCUGGCUCUGCAUUGCCUAUUGCAGCCGGAGCUGGAGUAGCUGGUUACAUUACUCAUCAUAAUCGUGGUUCGGCUGGACGGCAGCAUCAAUCCCCUCCGCCUCCUCCGCCGACCGAUCCACUACAGUCGCGUGAUUAAAUUUUCGGAAAACCUCACAAGUGCCAAUUGUUUAAUUGUAUUAUUGUUGUUUAGUGUUGCACGCAGGUGCACGCGUACAUAUUCUUUCCUAUCCGGUGUACGUGUAGGUCAUACAUUAACUUUCAUCAUUCUUCUUACCGCCGGUGAUGCCAGAUGUUUCAAGUAAUACAAAAAAAGAGCUCAUGCUUAGAUA